UACAGUUUCUACAUCCAAAAUGGAGUGCGCCAGGCCCUUGAGCGAUAUCCUGUCGGAGAAGCAGGUUGGCAACAUUCUGGAUGAAACUCUGUCGUCGGGUUGUCGGGUGGUCGGAUACGAUAUCGCGCCGGCCAGCGAAGGCCUGUCGGGGUUCCUUGGGGAACACUACCGGGUGAAGCUGGUGCUGCGUGAGGGUCGCAAGACCCGGGAGUUGAGGAUCUUUGUCAAGAUGGUACCCCGCCUCAACGCGCCCAAAGCGGAGUUCAUACACAAGUACAAGUUCAACCUACGGGAGUCUAUCAUGUUCAAGUAUAUCGCGGAAUCGGGCGCUGCUGAUGACGAGAGCCCAUGGUGCGCGAAAGCGUACAUCUACAACGAGCAUAUUCUGGUGAUGCCCGACCUGUCGGUGGAGGGCUACAGGGUGCAGCCCUUCUACGAGUGCCUCGAUCUCGACCACGUCCUGGUCACCGUGAGAUCGCUGGCCAACUUCCACGCCACCCUAGCCAACCUGUUCACGCGCAAACUCCAGAUCAAAUCGCAGCGAGAGAGUCUCCUGGCUGACCUCGAAUAUACGACAGCGGAUCCCACCUUCAAAGACUCCCCCUGGCUCCGCGCGUCUGCCAAGCUAACGGCGAACAUUUUUACAGAGUUCUCCCUGAAUCGAGAUAAAGUGACGAAGAAUUUCGAGGAGGACAUCUAUAAACAAUUCCUCGAGGGGUGCGCGGACUUGAGAGAGAAUCCCGACACGCUAAACACUAUAAUCCACAAGGACCUAUGGGUAAACAACAUCAUGUUCAAGUAUCAGGAUGGCGCGCCGGUCAACGCCAUCCUCAUCGACUACCAGUGCAUCCGCUACGGGCCGCCCGCCUUCGACCUCAUGAGCCUGCUGUACCUCACCACGUCCAAGACCUUCCGGGAGGAGAACGAGGCCAAACUUAUGGAAUACUACUUCUCCGUGUUCACGGAGCGGCUGGAUUAUCUCACGAGGAUGCGUCUCCAAGAUUUGCAGUACGAUCUCGCCACUUUUCUUCGCCUGUGCGAGAUGGCGCGAAAGUUCGGCAUGGUGCACACGAUCGCCAUCUUCCCGUACACGCUUAUGGACCCUUGCACUGCGCAGGCAACGUUUGAUGACCCUAAAACAUACGUGAAAUAUUUGGAGGAUCGCUCGGAGCCGGUGAUCGCGCACGCGCGUCGCUGCUCCUACUAUCGUGACAGACAGGUAGACGUCAUAGAAGAAUUCGUGGAGAGGUAUCUCUAGUAGACAGGCUUCGUCGAAUUCGUCGCUAUGAGCGGUAGAGAUUUGAGAAGGUGUCAAAACACUGACACUUCUAGUGUUUUCGAGUGCGUUGCUUUUGACGCUCUCUCGACUCUCCUUAAGUCUGCGUUAAGAAGUCGAUUACUGUGAUCUCUCAGACUUAAUUA